UUUUGCUUUAACCGUGACUUUUAAAACAGCAUUUAUCUGGGUUUAGUUUCAUCCUAAUAUCCACCUAAUUUACUCUAAUUAAUUUUCUAUACCAUUAACAAAUAACGACUAGUUGUUGAGCAACUUGUCGACCUUCCGAACUAUCUUUUAUUGGGUGCUUAAAUUGAAAUCGGCAUUCUUGUGAGAAAUUUCGAAGAAAAUGCAGGAACCAAUUUUCGUGCUGUUAUUCUUGCUUUCAAUUGUUUGUUUUUCAGAAGUAAAAUCAGAAAUCGAAGAUCGUUUAAAAGAGGAUCUUUUUAACAUCCACAAACACAUCGCUAUUGAAGCAAAGGAAAUUAAAAAUGACCACGUCACCCCGAAUAAAAUAAAAUAUUUUUUAUUUACCACCAAGAACGGCGGCAAUUUUACAGAAAUAGAUCCUUCUAAUCCAAAAGAACUAAACAAUCCUACCGCACCCAUUAUUUUUAUUAUCCACGGUUGGACUGAAACCCGUGAGAAAGAGUGGUAUGAAGACCUGAAAAAUGCAUUUUUAAUUAGGAAUAAUGAAUCUUACGUGAUUCAAGUAGAUUGGUCAGAGCCAGCUGAUCAGCUGUAUACUAUUUCGUCUUGGAAUACCAAGGAUGUUGGAUCCAUAAUUGGGGAAUUCAUUGUUGGUUUACAUAAAAAUUAUUCACUCCCGCUUAAGAACUUCCUAAUCGUUGGUCAUUCGUUAGGUGGUCAAGUUUCGGGUUUCAUCGGUAAAAAAGUUAAAGAACUAACUAAUAACAAACUGCCGCGUUUAAUCGCACUGGAUCCUGCCGGUCCUUGGUUUACUACUCGACCAGAAGAGGAAAGGCUUAACAAAGAUGACGCAGAUGUAGUCCAUGUUAUCCAUACUGAUGGUGGUACUUUUGGUUUUAAAGAUUCUUGUGGCACUGUCGACUUUUUCCCAAACGGUGGAAAUUCACAACCGGGUUGCGCUAGAAUCGAUUUACUGGACAUAACGAGUGUUGCGGAACCGAUAUGGUGCGACCAUCACAGAAGUUGGCAAUACUUUAUUGAGGCAGUUUUGAAUCCUAAGGAAUUUUUGGGCAGCAAAUGUGGUGGAUGGGCCCAAUUUAAAACCAAUAUCUGCGAUAAGGCGGAGGUGGCUAUGGGAGAUUUAGAAACUACUGAAACAGGAGAUUUUUAUUUAGAAACAAACAAGGAUAAACCUUAUGGAAGAAAAAUUGGUGGUUUUGGAUUACGUAAUGUAAGUGAUGUGUUGUCGUCUGUUCCAUCAAAACUGUUUUAAUUUAUUCUCACAAACAUAUGUACAACGGCGUAAUAUUAAUGUUAGAAUUUUUGGUGUAGGUGUUUUGUGUUAUGUUUUAGGACUUGAUUACUGUAAUUGUGUUGUAGUUCGUUUUAGUCUUUUUAACAUGGUUUAUAUUGCUCGAUAAAUAACUAAAUGUGUUACCAAUAGGUUAAAAUUAAUAUUUUUAUAAGAUUGCUUACUUGCUGUUACAUAAAAUUAAGCAGGUAUAUACAUAUUUCAGUAUUAAUUUAAUACAUACAAGAUAGUACUAGAACAGUCUUCAACUUUAGAAGAAAAAAAUAAUGCAGGUUAAUAUAGUUUAAACGAUUUUUAAUUAUCAACGUUUGAGUGAAGUCCACGCGGUUUUAGAUUGGCCACCAAAAUUAGUCAAAAGUAGAUGUGUGAGGAGUUAGUACUUUUAUAACGUGUGGAAAAUUACUUUUUUGU